AUGUACUUCUCGACCAAGAUUGUCACCUUCCUUCUUACCCUUGGAGCACUUACUACCAUGCCUACCAUGGCCCAGCGUGGCGGUGGCGGAACACGUGGUGGUGGUGGUGGUGGUGGCCAACGUCCCGGUGGCCAACGCCCCAACGGGGGUCAACAACCAGAUGGCGGUAGACCAGGCCGUGGUCCUGGGGGCCCGUUUGCCAAUGCUACCUUUGUCGACAUCACUUGCAGCUCGACCGGUGACUUGGAUUUGACGUGUGAUCCUCGUGGCGAAUCUGAGGACGGAUUCUUUGUCUGUCGUUCCAUGACCGACAGAGAAGGCGUCGAACGCAGCACAGUAAAGUGCAUUCCUUCCGACGGAUCCAUUGAAGGGGCUGACGAGUGUGGUUGCUGUGGAGAGGACUGUCCCGUGGCAUGUGACACCUGCCCAUGCAUUACUCGUCGUGGUGACCCUGGAGCCUACGUCUUGGAUGAAGAUGAUGACGAGCCCUUCUGUGUUCCAUUGAAUGCCGCCAUGAUGAUGGUAUACAAGAGGGAUGAUGUCUCUUGCCUUGCGGAUUGCAGUCUUGCAGAGUAA